UCUCCAAACCCCUUCACGUGGAGGAGCGUUAGGGAUUGCUGUGCAGACCCAUGGACCUGGACCCCUAUGCCAGCAUGCAGGUUGGCAUGAGGGUAGUCCGUGGAGUGGACUGGAAGUGGGGCAGCCAGGACAGUGGUGAAGGCAACGUUGGCACCGUGGUGGAGAUUGGCAGGACGGGCAGUCCCACCACGCCGGACAAGACUGUGGUGGUGCAGUGGGAUCAAGGCAACAGAACCAACUACCGCACCGGGUUCCAAGGGGCCUACGACCUUCUGCUCUAUGACAACGCACAAAUCGGUGUCCGUCACCCUAACAUCAUCUGUGACUGCUGCAAGAAGCAUGGGAUCCGGGGAAUGCGGUGGAAGUGCAAAAUGUGCUUUGACUAUGACCUGUGCACACAGUGUUACAUGAACAACAAACAUGACCUGUCUCACUCCUUCGAGCGCUACGAGACAGCACAUUCACAGCCAGUCCUUGUGAGCCCUCGGCAGAACUUGACUCGCAUCACAUUGAAAGGAACUUUCCAGGGGGCUAAAGUAGUGCGUGGCCCUGACUGGGAGUGGGGCAACCAGGAUGGUGGUGAAGGUAAAAUUGGCCGAGUGAUGGACAUCCGUGGCUGGGAUGUGGAGACAGGUCGCAGUGUGGCCAGUGUCACGUGGUCUGAUGGCACCACAAACGUCUACAGGGUGGGACACAAGGGCAAGGUGGACCUCAAAUGUACUGUGGAGGCAUCUGGGGGCUUUUACUACAAGGAGCAUCUCCCAAAAUUAGGCAAACCAGCUGAACUGCAGAGGAAGGAGAGCACAGACAGACAUCCCUUCCAGCACGGGGACAAGGUGAAGUGCCUGCUGGACAUUGACAUCUUGAGAGAGAUGCAGGAAGGCCACGGAGGCUGGAACCCCAAAAUGGCUGAGUUCAUUGGCCAGACAGGGACUGUGCACAGGAUCACAGACAGAGGGGACGUGAGGGUCCAGUUCAACAGUGAAACCCGCUGGACUUUCCACCCUGGAGCUCUCACUAAGCUCAACACCUUUUGGGUUGGUGAUGUUGUCCGGGUGAUAGAUGAUAUGGAAACAGUGAAGCGGUUCCAACCUGGUCAUGGGGAGUGGACAGAUGAAAUGGCACCUACCCUGGGGCACAUUGGCAAGGUGAUCAAGGUCUAUGGGGACGGAGAUCUGCGUGUCUCGGUGGGAGGGCAGUCCUGGACCUUCAACCCAGCUUGCCUGACAGCCUACCAGAGGGAUGAGGAAGCAAACCUCAUGACCACAGAGAAUGCAAAGGAAUCAAAAAGUACUUUGGUGACUGUGCUGGAGAAAUUGCUGUCCCAGAAGUCGGAGUCGGAGUACGCAGGGUGCCUGGUCAUCUGUGCUGCCCUCAACAAUGCAGCCAAGGUCAGGGAGCUCCUGCAGAAAUACCCAGACAAGGUGGAUGUGAAGAACCAGGGGAGAACUGCCCUGCAGAUUGCCUCCUACCAGGGGCACCUGGAGGUGGUGAAGACUUUGCUGCAGGCACAUGCCAAUGUCAACCUGAGGGACGACGAGGGGGACACGGCGCUGCACUAUGCAGCUUUUGGAAACCAGGCUGAGGUUGCUCGUGUGCUCAUUGGGAAAGGAGCCAGUGCAGACCUGUUGAACAAUGCAAAGUGCACAGCACUGUAUGUCGCUGUCAGCCAAGGAUUCACAGAGGUGGUGAGAGCCCUCUGUGAGCUCAACUGUGAUGUCAACCUCCCAGAUGCCCAGGGAGACACUCCCCUGCAUUAUGCUAUCACUGCAGACUACAAAGUUGUUAUUGAGAUCCUCACUGAGGUCCCCAACAUAGACUUCACUGUCCAGAACUGUCAAGGCUUCAACCUGCUCCAUUUUUCUGCUCUGAAAGGCAACAAGCUAGCUAUAAAGAAGAUCCUGGCAAGAGCAAGGCAGCUGGUUGACUCCAAGAAGGAAGAUGGUUUCACUGCUUUGCACCUUGCUGCCCUCAACAAUCACAUGGAAGUGGCAGAAAUCCUCAUCAAAGAGGGUCGCUGUGAUGUCAACCUCAAAAACAACCGUAACCAGACCCCCCUGCACCUGGCUGUCAUCCAGGGCCACGUGGCCAUGGUGCAGCUGCUGGUCAGCGAGGGCAGUGAUGUCAAUGCUGAGGAUGAGGAUGGGGACACUGCCAUGCACAUCGCCCUGGAGCGGCAGCAGCUCAUGUCUGUGGUGAUGGAGAAGCGUGAAGGGGAGAUGGGGCUGUCCCUCCUGUCCAAGCUGCAGGCUUCUGGCUUCCUGGGAAAUGUGGAGCUGAACGUUGGAAGUGCAAUUGCCUGUUACUUAGCACAGGAAGGGGCAGAUAUUAAUUAUGCAAACCACCGGGGAAAGUCUCCUUUAGACCUCAUCACAGAUGGGAGGAUUGUCCAGAUUGUCAAAGACUUCUCACAGAAAUUCAGGGAACGGCAGAUCUCUUCAGAUAGCUCAGCCAUCACCUGCAGCCUUCGCCGCGUGCACACCACCCCCAACACAAUGACCAACCUUAGUGUCUCCAGCGUGGCAGUGCCCACAGAGUGCCUGGUCUGCUCAGAGCUGGCCUUGCUCAUCCACUUCUUUCCCUGCCAGCACAGUAUUGUGUGUGAAGAAUGCUCCAGGAGGAUGAAGAAGUGCAUCAAAUGUCAAGUGACAAUAACCAAUGAAACAAGGGUUUUUGCUGAUAACACCGAGGUGGAGUGCAGCCCCAGCUCCGAGUCCACGGACCAGAGGAGGCUGAUGGAGGAGCUGCAGAGCCGCUACAGGCAGAUGGAGGAGCGAAUCACCUGCCCCAUUUGCAUCGAUGACCAAAUCAAACUGGUCUUCCAGUGUGGCCAUGGCUCUUGCCCAGACUGCAGCACAGCCCUCACUGUGUGCCCCAUCUGUCGCCAGGCGAUCCGGGAGAGGAUUCACAUCUUUGUCUAG